AUGUCCGACGGUGUCAUUCGUCACGCUCGCAAGGAGGAUGUCCCCAUCAUUCUCGACCUGAUCCAGGCGCUUGCCGACUACGAAAAGGAGUCGGACGCCAACAAGGCCACCGUCGAGACGCUGACCAGCACGAUUGCCUUUGCGCCCUCGGGACCCCCCUCGGACCCCAACACCACCGCCUGCGUGCCCAACACCGAGGCCACGUCGGCGAGCCGGCCCGCGCGCUGCCUGCUGCUCGCCGACCCCGCGGGCGAGACCGUCGCCAUGGCGCUCUACUUUUACAACUACAGCACGUGGCGCGCCUGCCCCGGCAUCUACCUCGAGGACCUGUUUGUGCGGCCCUCGGCGCGCGGCCGCGGCUACGGCAAGGCGCUGCUGGUGCAGCUCGCCAAGGAGGUCGUCGCCUUUGGCGGCGCGCGCCUCGAGUGGUCGGUGCUCAAGUGGAACGAGCCGAGUAUCAAGUUCUACGAGAAGAUUGGCGCCCAGGGCAUGCAUGAGUGGAUGACGAUGCGCGUCACCGACGACGGCCUGACCAAGCUCGCGCACCUGCUGGAUUGA